AUGGCCACCCUCGUCGCCUCUGUCGGGGGUGGCGAGGCGAAUGCUAACGCUUCGUCUGGAGGAGCAUCCACGCCCUCUUCAUCCAGCUCAUCUUCGAGAGCCACGCAGAACUCAAUGUCACCCAGUUCUUCUAACAACGGUGUUUCUAAUGGAACAACAUCUGGCAGUCCAAAUCGCUCUAAAUUUAAAGUUGAGCGUUUAGCAGAUGAAGAAGAGGUUAUAACUUUUUUGAUGGAAUAUUUUGUUACCAGUGAACCUAUUUUGUCCAGUCUUAACAUUAACAACAGAAACGAACUUCGAACUUUACUAACGGAUGUCAUUCGUGAUUGUCUACCAUGCCCUGCUUCUUGUGGGACAAGGGAUGAUCAAGGAAGAUUAACUGGAGUGUGUUUGGCUAGUAGAUCUACACUGUUUGAGAAACAGAUGGACAGGCUUUGCCUCUACAAGUUUGAAGAUGAGAAGAUGAGAAUUGCUGUUGAAUUUUUGAAAUAUGUUUUCAACAGAGUGGAUGUAAUUUAUCACUGUGAAGAACAUCACAUAGCCCGACCAAUUUUCAUUGCUCUCGUUUCUGUUCGACCUGACUGUGAGCAUAGUGGAAUUGGAACAGGAAUGCUACAGUAUUGCGUUCGAGCCGGGGCAAGUGAUCAAGCUGACGGAGCUUUAAUGUUGUGUAGCAGUAAUAACGCUUUCCAAAUUGUCAACCGAAAGUUUUUACCGACCAAUAGUUGGACUAUCAGCCGGAUUCGUUAUGCUGAUUAUCGUGGUGAAUAUCGCGAACCGCCUAUUGUGCCGCAAACUGAAAGUGACAACACGCUGUACGUCCUCCUCACCAAGUUUGUCCGUUAG